CUGCACCUUUAUAUCGUUAUGCGCAGUUACUAUGCAUUGCGAAGGUUUAUGUUAUUCUUGUCGUAAAGUUUUGUGGUAAAUAUGCAGUUACUAAUAGGACCUGAACAUUGAUUUUCUCCUUGCCUGCAAGCCUAGAUAAGAUGUCUGAGACUAAAAAGCAUGGAGGUGUGAAGGGAGAAGUUGAAUCACCAGUUAAAAAGGAUAAGACACUUGCCGUUAUAGAAGAUAAAGAUGAUUUUAUUCAUCGUUUCCGUACACUUUACAAUUCGGAAAUAUUCAGUGACAUUGUGCUUGUAGUUGGAGACCAACGGUUCUAUGCCCAUAAAAUUAUGCUUGUCACAGCAAGUGAAGUGUUUGAAGCUAUGCUCAGUGAGGCAAGAUGGCAGGAAUCUAAUCAAAAUGAAGUCUGUCUCACAGAAGAUGAAGAAUGUGUGUCAGUGUUUCCAGACUUUCUUAAGUAUAUCUACAGUGGCUCAGUAGAGUUGACAACAUCAAUGGUCCACAAGUUACUGAUUCUGGCUGAUAAGUAUGGUAUACACGUCCUACACAAAACAUGUGUGGAGUACAUGUCACGUCACAUUGUCACAUCUCCAGAUACCAAUCGCACAUUAACCUGGUACCACUAUGCCAAGAUAACCAAUGGCCAACACUUACAAGAGAAGUGUUUAGCAUUCAUCCUGUCAAACUUCAGCAUUAUCCAGCAGGCUCCUGACUGGUUAGAUCUGUCAGCAUCAGUAAUGGUGGAAUUUUUACAGAGUUCUGAGAUUGUUGUGGAGAGUGAAUAUCAACUGUGGGUGGAAGUUGAACGAUGGAUAAAGGCUGUGGAAGAUCCAGAUAUUGUAUUGGAGAAAUUAAAAGCAGUUCUUCCUCAUAUGAGGUUUACCAUGAUGGCCCCAAGCGACCUGCUGAAGAUAGAGACUUCUGAUAUUUAUAACGAAUACACUGAACUGUUCGGAAACCGACUGAUGAAAGCUUACAGAGGUCAUUCACUUCACACAAGUGAUCUAAUGGGUCACACUCGUGAGGAGCCCUAUCGUAAUUACUAUCACAAACUGUACGGUAUCGGUGAUGACCUCAAGUUACGUAACUACAUAGAAACACCAAAGACUGAAAGCCAUCUGGUAACUACUAUGUUAGUACCAAUACACUUAAAGCCAUUUCCUGUACAAUCUAGAGAAGACGACUCUCUGUCUUUUGAUGUUGCCUUUUACCCUCAAGGAUUCUACCAGGCACAUCCACUGUAUGGAAUGUACAUGUCUCGUCAGAAUGAUGAUACUGUACUGAACGUUUCCCGCAGUUCUACUUCCUCCCAACAUGUUGUGGAUGUAGACAUCACCCUGGUUAUCUACGCCUACAGAGACAACAUGAAGUACACAGCCCACAGUUGCAGGGUGUCCCACCAAUUCAGCAGUAAGUCCCGUCAUUGUAAGGUAGAGAAUGUGAUCCCUGUUGAGAACUUAAAGUCUAAAAAGUCACCAUAUCUAGUGGGAAAACAUUUUGAGGCAAAAAUUUUCUUGAAGAUCCAAAAUAUUCAACUGGAAGAAAAGGAGAAGAAAGAAUAGUGAAAAUUAGUAGACAGAGAUUGGUUUCCGAGGUAACAAUAUUGAAUGGUUUCCAAGGUAACAAUAUAGAAUGGUAUCCAAGGUAACAAUGUAGAUUGGUUUUCAAGGUAACAAUUCAGAAUAUUAAUGGUUCCCACAAUAAUAACGUAAGAUGAAAUAACUUAAAGAAUUAAAAUUUGUCAAAAUGUAUUCUUUCAGAAAUUGUUGAUGAAUUUGACAGCAAUAAAUGUACAAUAUUCAUUUCAUGAUAUGGAAACCAAGAUAAUGUAUAUAUGUCCAAAACAUGUGAAAUAUUACUGUUUCAGAUUUGAUGCUCACUACUGCCUAGUUUUCUUUUUUGAUUUCUAUUUCAUUUCAUCAGUGGUAACUCCACUAGAUCAAAUAACACAUAAAUACUCGUAAUAAUGAAAAAUGAUGUAAAGUGUGUUAUAACAUAGAUAACUGCGUAGCUACAUUUUAGAUAUGUUUUGCUUUGAUUUGGGAAUUGCUUUCAUGCAUAUACAUAUAGUUACUCUUGUUUAUAUUUUUUUUUUUUUUUUUUUGAACAUUUUGUACACUGAAGACAUGUUGUUAUGAAAGAGAUCAUGAAAUCUGUAAUUGGUUGAUUGUCCAGUAAUCUUACAUAAAACCAGAAUUCACUGCUGUUUCCAGUGUUUCCAUUUUGUUGUCAAGACUAGCAACAAUUGAUGGUUAAUUUAUAUGUGAUUAAUUGUGUUAUAUUAGUGUUAAAAAUAUCAAAAUUAUUUUUGGUCAUGGUUGUUUUUUACUUGUACUGUAGGAAAUAUAUUGCUUGUAAUGACUACUUGUACUGUAGGAAAUAUAUUGCCUGUAAUGACUACUUGUACUGUAGGAA